GCCAUGGCCGCCCCGGGGCCGGCACGGCUCCUCCGCACCGCCGCCGCCUCCUCACGCCGCUGGCUCUUCUCCUCCAGCUCGCCGGCGGGCGGGAUGAGGCCGGGCUGCGGCAGCGCCGCCGCUUCUGUGAGGGCAGCGCGGCCGUUCAGCCUCUCUGCCCGGGCGGUGCUCAGCUCAGAAGAUAAAAUAACUGUUCACUUCAUAAAUCGCGAUGGUGACAAACUGACAGCCAAGGGAAAACCUGGGGAUUCACUGCUGGAUGUUGUUGUUGAUAAUAAUCUAGACAUAGAUGGUUUUGGUGCAUGUGAAGGAACACUAGCCUGUUCAACUUGUCAUUUAAUAUUUGAAGACCACAUAUUUGAGAAACUAGAUGCAAUUACUGAUGAAGAGAUGGACAUGCUGGACCUGGCAUAUGGCCUCACAGAAACAUCACGUUUAGGCUGCCAAAUCUGCUUGAAGAAAUCAAUGAAUGAUAUGACUGUUCGAGUACCAGAAGCUGUUGCUGAUGCUAGACAAUCAGUAGAUAUGAGUAAAAACUCCUAAAAGAAAAUACCUUGGGGGUUUUAAAGAAGCUUAAUUAUUUUUAUAACUUAUUUUUAAAUGUGUAAUUAAAUAUGGAAACUUACAUAAUUGUGAGUUAUUUUAUAUGACUAUCAAUAUUAGAUUAAUGCUAUUUUAAUUUUCUUUAUAGAACCUCUUAUAUUUUUACGCUUAAAAUGCAAUAAUACUUCAUGUAAGUAAUCACUGGAUUAUAAACAUUAUCAAGUGUAUUACAGAUUUCAUAUAAAAUUAUUCUGCCAAAACAUUUAAUGACAUUUGGAAACUGGAUCACUUCUACAAAACUCCUCCUAAAAAAACCUCUUAGUAUUUCUUGGUUUCAGACAUGGAUGUGUAAGAGAACAAAACUUGUGAGACUGCAUGGGGUCUUUUUGAAGUGUUGUCAUUAAAGAUGGUAUGCUCAGAGUUAAUUCACGUUCUCAGUAAACAUGAUAAUUCCUCAGCAAAUAGUGGACUUUCAGGGUAGGAGUUUUCCAAACUUUGGAAUCUUAAAGAGAUCUGUCAAAUUUUGUCUUGCGAAAUACUGCUAAACCCAUGAAUUCUAGGGGCCAUGUUAUGGCUCCAACACAGCAAGCACCUAAACACCACUCAGCUGUUUGCUUACACCCCACCACUGCCUGCCCCCCACCCAAAGCAGAGUGGGGGAUAGAGUUGGGGAAAAAAAAAAGUAAAAUUCAUGUGUUGAUACAAAGACAGUUUAAUAAGACAGAAACAGAAGGGAAAACAACAACAAUAAUGAUAAAUGAGUUACAAUAUACAAAACAAGUGAUGGAGAGUGCAAUUGCUUACCACCUGCUGACUGAUGCCCAGCCAGUUCCUGAGCAGUGACCGCUGUUUCCCCCGCAGUUUAAUAUUUUGAGCAUGGCACCAUCUGGUCUGGGACAACACUCUGAUCAGCUGGGGUCAGUUGUCCUGUCUCUGUCCCCUCCCAACUCCUUAUGCACCCCAGCUCACUCAUUGUUGGGGUGGGGUGAGGAGCUGAAAAGUCCCUGAUUUAGUUGUUGCUAAGCCAUGUUUACACUAAAACAUCAGUGUGUUAUCAACAUUAUUUUCAUUAUAAAUCCAAAACACAGCACUGUACCAGCUACUGGGAAGAAAUUUAUUCUGCGGGCUGAAACGAGUACAGGCUGAUGCAGAAUGCUGGCACCUGCAGCUUAACUGUUGCCCAAAUCAGAUGUCAGUAAACCUCAACAGUUUUUACAUUUGACUACACCAGAAAUAAAAGGAUACACAGGGCUUAGAAGAGUGAAGUCUUGGAGGUGUCUAAUGGGAGAACAUAACCACUGGAUUUGCAAAUUUACCCAUGAUAAAUUCUUGCUGUUCUCUGAAGAUGUUGGACAGGGCAGUGUUUGUCAAUGUGAGAUUUAUUCUGAAAUCAUUAUCCCUUUCUCAGUUUUGAGCUUAUGCAGGAGGCAGUCUGAUGUUAGCUAGGGUGCUCAGCUUGAAGAGAUUCCUAGUUUCUGGGCCUUGCUCUCAGGAUCAUUUCAGUAAUGGCUGAUGUGAAAUUACCAAGUAUAUUUAUUCCAGAAAAAUGGACUUGGUUCCCCAGAAGGUAUCGGGAGAACCCAUGGUGGGAUGACAUGUGGACUGAUGAUGAAGAGCUUCCAGUUGAAUAUUGUUUUACUCUUUCUAAACUAGCCCAAAAUAAAAUAAUGUCUCUAAGACUAUUAUUCUCUCCAGCUUUGCGUAAAUACUUAAAAGAACAACCAAGAGUUGUUACCCUUAUAAGGCAAUUUUGAUAUUUGGGGCAUAUUUAUAUACAUUUAUAUAUAAACAAUGUUUAUUUACAUUUGAAUGAUCUAAUGCAGUCAUUAUUGCUUUAUUUGAACUGCUAACAAUGAUAUCUGGACAUUUUUCUUGUAUUAUUACAUAUAUAUGGGAGAGGGGGGGAAAUUAUUUUUACAGUGCGGAAUAUUGGGAUUGUUUUGAGCUUCAUAAACAGGAAAAAAGGUCCCUCUUUUUUUA